CUGCCCCUCCCUUUUUGUUUCAUUCUGCCGCGUAUCUCGUCCCUCUUGCACUUUCUUUAUUAUGUGUGUGUAUUCAUCACAAGCUCCUUCCAUUCUUCCGGUCAUCUAUUCUGAUCCCGCUUUCCUGUUUUCUUUUUUUUUUUCUACCACCUCUUCUUUUAAGUCCGUCAUUGCUAAAAUCACCCCCUUCUCAUCUCAUCCUUUGCACACUUUUCACUUCUUCGCACGGUCCUUUCACUCGCCGGCUUUCCGUUUGCCCUUUUUUUGCUCUUUGCCACUCUCGGUCCACGGACUCCGAUCACUCCGAUCACUCCGCUCUCCCAUUCGUUUUGUCUUUCCGCUCCCUCCGUCCUUUCCUUUCUUCUGCUCCCCCCCGCCCGCCUUUCUCUCCUAUUUAGUUUGAAGCGCAGACUUUGUUUCCACGUGGUUUCUGACGACUGCUGCUGAAAACUGAACGUAUCUCGAGAGCUAUAAAAGAGCUAACAGCUUGAAGGCACCGGGGCUGGACCACUGCUUUGCUGGAAAAUGAACUGGAUUGCUCAAUUUCAGAUUUCCACGCUUAAGAACUUUACAUCUGCCAGGGCUGAAACUGACGCGGAUUUCAGAAAGAAGAACAAGAAGAAGACCUUUUUUUUUUUGUGGGAUUUACUAUCUGCUCUCAAUCGGCUGUCAUUUCAGUGCUUGCGUGUAAAUGAAGGGGCGACUUUAAACUUGAGAGGAAUCGCCCGACAGGCGCUCGGAGCUUAGCCGCCCCUCGUUUCAGAACCCGAGGAUGGAAUAAAUCAUCGAUUCAUUCAUGUCGGAGAGCAAAGAAAGGGCAAAGGAAGAAAAGAAUAAACAUGAGGGCAGUGAAGUCCGACGGCUGGCAGAAUAACAUUUAAAAAAAAAAAAAAAGAACGGAAGAAAGAAAGAAACAAACAAAGACCCCCCCACCCAGCCACCCACCUCAAGCUGAGGCUGAGUAGAAAAUUUCAUGUUCAACUUAGAGACGCAGCCGCUGGAGAAGGGGCCAUUGUCAGCAAUGGAGUGCCUAACGUGUAACUGUAAUGGGACUGCGAACCAGACCGAGGACAAGGGGGCCACUUACACCAUUCAAGUCACCGUGUCGCUCACCGUCUUAGUCAGCAUUCUCAUCCUGUUGACCGUCUUUGGCAACGUGCUGGUCGUGAUUGCAGUGUUCACCAGCAGGUCCCUGAAAGCCCCCCAGAAUUUAUUCUUAGUUUCUUUAGCGUCUGCAGACAUUUUGGUGGCCACCUUGGUCAUGCCAUUUUCCUUGGCCAAUGAGCUAAUGGGCUACUGGUAUUUUGGCAAAGUGUGGUGUGAGAUCUAUCUUGCCUUGGAUGUCUUGUUUUGCACUUCUUCAAUUGUUCACCUUUGUGCCAUCAGCCUUGACAGGUACUGGUCCAUCACCCAGGCUAUUGAGUACAAUCUGAAGAGGACACCUAGAAGAAUUAAAUGCAUUAUAUUCAUCGUAUGGGUGAUUUCGGCCGUCAUUUCAUUCCCACCUUUAAUUUCGAUAGAGAAGGAAAGUGGGGUGCGAGAGGACCCACGGUGCAAAAUCAACGACGAGAAGUGGUACAUCAUUUCCUCCUCUAUAGGCUCCUUCUUUGCCCCAUGCAUCAUCAUGAUUCUUGUUUACAUUCGCAUCUACCAGAUUGCCAAGAAGCGAACAAGAGUACCCCCGAGUAAGAGAAACAACGAGGAGGCGGACAAAAAGCAGAACGGCUUUGCCGACAAGGACUGUCCCGAGAAGCUCAACGGGGGCAACGUCAACGGCGAGGCCGAUCCGGGAGAAGACGGCGAGAUGAAUGGAAUCGACAUGGAGGAGUCGUCCUCCUCCGACCACAACGUCAACAACCCGUGCUCCAUUAAGGCAAAGAGCAGCAAGGCCAGAGGCAAAGGGAAGACCAAACUGAGCCAAAUCAAACCUGGGGACAGCCUGCCCAAAAAGGAGCUGGAGCGCAGCAUGAAGGGCUCACGAUGGAAAGGACGCCAAAACCGCGAGAAGAGGUUCACCUUUGUCCUGGCGGUCGUCAUCGGCGUCUUUGUCAUCUGCUGGUUUCCUUUUUUUUUCACCUACAGCCUGACUGCCAUUUGUGGCUCCUGCUGCGUCCCGGAGACUUUGUUCAAAUUCUUCUUCUGGUUUGGAUACUGCAACAGUUCCCUGAACCCAGUUAUUUACACCAUCUUCAAUCAUGACUUUCGGAGGUCUUUUAAAAAGAUCCUGUGUCGGGGUGACAAAAAACGAAUGGUUUAAAGCCAGUGUCUUGCAGGAUGUCUAAUGUACAGUUCCACGUUCACUGCUCCGGUGUUUGCUGCUGCGAUCUGAACGACAUCCGAGAGCCGCAGGAGAGACUUUUAGAUGUGAGAGGAGAAGCUGCUGUCAUUCUUCUGUUUGUGUACAGUUGCGAAAUGAAAGAGAGCUUUUAUUACAUAUCUGUAAAAAUGACCUGAGAAAACUACAACUGAGACCAAACUACUGUUCACGCUGACAUCAAGUGAGAAAGACUUGUGAAUAAUGCACAAUGAGAACUUUUUCACAAAUGAGUCCGUCAGGCUAUUAUGAUUAUUAUUACUAUUGUAUUAUUAUUAUUAUUAUUAUAUGCAAUAUUUUUGUAAAGUUGAUUGAACUUGUACAUUUCUGAAAACAUUAUCAGCUCAUCAUUAAAUAUUACCUGUAUUGCAGAAAGUGGCUGCCAAAGCCAAAUACCAAAAUACAGCUGAACAGCACAAGAGCACUGGAGAAGGAGGCCGAAUAAAUGCAAAUGAACGUUUGGAGCUAAGCGUUAUUUGU